CUUUCUGUUUUUCUUUUUCCUCUCUCUUUUCUUUUGGUUCUUUUGUUUCGCUUUGCUUUGUUUUUUUGGUUGUUUUAAAUUCCUUACGGUGUUGGAACAAGAGAGCGGUGGAGUCUCAGAAGCGUCGGCAGUCACCCAGACUGCUGAGGACAGUGGGUUAAGAGAAAGAAGAAGAAGCUCGCCUGGGGCAUCAUAUACCCUGCUAUUCAGUUUCCUGCCUCGGAGAUAAAGCUCCCAGCUACAUGGGCAAACGCCUGGAUCAGCCACAAAUGUACCCUCAGUACACGUACUACUGUCCUCAGUACCUCCAAACCAAGCAGUCCUAUGCACCAGCUCCCCACCCCAUGGCUCCUCCCAGCCCCAGCACAAACAGCAGCAGCAACAGCAGCGGGGAACAGUUGAGUAAAACAAACCUGUACAUCCGAGGCCUUCCACCAGGCACCACUGACCAGGACCUCAUCAAGCUAUGUCAACCGUAUGGAAAAAUCGUAUCCACGAAGGCAAUUCUUGACAAGAAUACGAAUCAAUGCAAAGGUUAUGGUUUUGUAGAUUUUGAUAGUCCUGCAGCGGCACAGAAAGCAGUAGCAUCCUUGAAGGCAAAUGGCGUGCAAGCACAGAUGGCCAAGCAACAAGAACAAGACCCUACAAAUCUGUACAUCUCAAACCUCCCCAUCUCCAUGGAUGAGCAGGAGCUGGAGAAUAUGCUAAAGCCGUUUGGACACGUGAUAUCCACCAGAAUCCUGAGAGAUGCUAACGGAGUCAGCAGAGGCGUUGGCUUUGCCAGAAUGGAGUCUACGGAGAAAUGUGAAGUGGUAAUUCAGCAUUUUAACGGGAAGUAUCUGAAAACACCACCAGGCAUCCCAGCCCCCAGUGAGCCUUUACUGUGCAAAUUCGCUGAUGGAGGACAAAAGAAGAGACAGAAUCAGAGCAAGUACACCCAGAAUGGGAGGCCAUGGCCCAGAGAAGGAGAGGCCGGCAUGGCUCUGACUUAUGACCCCACAGCUGCCAUACAGAAUGGAUUUUAUUCUUCACCGUACAGUCUUGCAACCAACCGCAUGAUUCCACAGACAUCUAUCACGCCAUUCAUUGCCGCCUCCCCUGUCUCCACAUACCAGGUCCAGAGUACUUCAUGGACGCCUCAUCUGCCAUACAUUAUGCAACCAACAGGUGCUGUGAUCACACCCACCAUGGACCACCCCAUGUCAAUGCAGCCAACGAACAUCGUGGGCCCGCUGACACAGCAGAUGAACCACCUUUCCCUGGGGACAGCAGGAACGAUUCAAUCCCAAGACAGAAUUAUGGUACUUCACCAGCUGUUGUGUCAGUAUAUGACUGCUGCACCUAUGCAAGGGACCUACAUUCCCCAGUACACGCCUGUGCCUCCGACAGCUGUUUCUAUUGAAGGUGUUGUUGCUGAUGCCUCUCCCCAGACGGUGGCCCCCUCAUCCCAGGACAGCAGUGGUCAGCAGCAACAGUUAGCAGUGGACACACCCAGUGAACACGCACCUGCAUACUCCUUCCAGCAGUCCAAACCAUAGACGGAAGUGAGGAUGCCCACCUGAACCUUUUCCUUCAAUGAAGAAACUUCACUAAGCGAGAACUUUGUUGGCCUCCAGUUUGCACAGGCGCCGAGGGAAAGCUUUCUUCUUUUUUUAUUUUAAUUUUUUUUAAUUUUAUACUUUACUCAAAGAAAACAAAGUUUUUAUGUGCUGUGCGAAUGGUUCCUUUGUGUGGUCUGACAUUUACUUUUGUCUUUUUUUUUUUU